CGCCCCCUGCAAAGUCGGUUCCCCGGCGCGCGUGGAUCCAUCCUAUGGACCGCACGUGUGAGGAGAGUCCCGUAGAGGACUCAAGCAAUGAAGAGGACGAGCUUGACUCCACGAAGGCAGCACCCCGGAUCCAUGAUACCCCAGAAGACAUCGUGUUGGAAGCGCCAGCCAGUGGCCUGGCGUUCCACCCGACCAGAGACCUGUUGGCAGCUGGGGACGUGGACGGGGACGUGUUUGUCUUUUCCUACUCUUGUCAGGAGGGAGAAACCAAAGAACUCUGGUCCUCAGGACACCACCUCAAGUCCUGCCGAGCUGUCCUCUUCUCAGAGGAUGGGCAGAAACUUGUUACUGUCUCUAAGGACAAAGCAAUCCACAUAUUAGAUGUCGAACAGGGACAGCUGGAAAGACGGAUUUCCAAGGCUCACGGUGCUCCCAUUAACAGCCUGCUGCUCGUGGACGAGAAUGUCCUCGUGACUGGGGAUGACACGGGUGGCAUCCGGCUGUGGGACCAGCGUAAGGAGGGCCCUUUAAUGGAUAUGCGGCAGCAUGAGGAGUACAUCGCUGACAUGGCUCUGGACCCAGCCAAAAAGCUGCUGCUCACAGCCAGUGGAGAUGGCUGCCUCGGGGUCUUCAACAUCAGGAGACGCCGGUUUGAGUUACUCUCAGAGCCUCAGUCGGGCGAUCUAACCUCCGUCACCCUCAUGAAAUAUGGGAAGAAGGUGGCCUGUGGAUCCAGUGAAGGUACCAUCUACCUCUUCAACUGGAAUGGUUUUGGGGCUACCAGUGACCGCUUUGCCCUGAGAGCGGAGUCCAUCGACUGUAUGGUUCCAGUCACCGAGAGUCUGCUGUGCACUGGGUCCACAGAUGGAAUCAUCAGGGCUGUGAACAUCCUGCCAAACCGAGUGGUAGGCACCGUGGGCCAGCAUGCUGGGGAGCCUGUGGAGGAGCUAGCCCUAUCCCAUUGUGGCCGCUUUUUGGCCAGUAGUGGCCACGACCAACGCCUCAAGUUUUGGGACAUGGCUCAGCUUCGGACUGUGGUUGUGAAUGACUACCGGCGACGCAAGAAAAAAGGGGGGCCCCUUCGUGCCCUGAGCAGUAAGGCCUGGAGCACUGAUGACUUCUUUGCGGGGUUGAGAGAAGAUGGAGAAGAUGCCAAGGCGCCAGAGGAGGCGGUGAAGGAGAGCGAUGAUGACAGUGACUGAAGGCAUGAGCACAGGACAAGGAGCGUAUUUUCUGGGACAGAAUCCCUAAAGAGAAAAAAAUUUUUUUGAUGCUGUAGAUUGAACCUACUACGUUGAACACAAUAAGCUU